AUGGCGAUCGAUGCCAAUGACCUCGCGUGCGCCCUGUUCGAUCUCGACGGCACUCUGUGCGACUCCGACCCGGUGCACUACGACGCCUUCGACGCCCUCGCGCGCGCGCGCGGACGCCCGCGCGAGGGGUUGACGUGGACGUACUUUCGCGAACACAUCGCGGGACGGGCCAACGUGGACAUCUUCGCGAGGUUGUUUCCCGAGCUCACCGCGAGUGAACGCGCGACGCUGGCGUCGGCGAAGGAGCGGGCGUUCCGGGACGCGCUCGAGACGUCGACGGUGACGCGAACGAGGGGGUUGACGGAACUUUUAGAGGCGUUGGACGCGCGCGGGGUGACGACGUGCGUGGUCACCAACGCGCCGAGGGCGAACGCGGAGGCGAUGUUGACCCGCUUGGGGUUGCGAGAGUACUUUGGCGACCGGUUGGUGAUCGGCGAGGAGUGUGUGCGGAUGAAACCGGAUCCGGCGCCGUAUGUAGAGGGGAUGCGCCGGUGCGGGACGGAGAACGCGCGCGCGUGCGUGGCGUUCGAGGAUUCUCCGGCGGGCGCGCGCGCGGCGGUCGCGGCGAAGAUUCGCACGGUGGGUAUCUUGUCGUCGCAGACGGAGGAGGCGCUCGUGAGCGCGGGAUGUGACCUGUGCGUGAAGGAUUUCGCCGCGCCGGCGCUCCUCGAGGCGCUCGGUGUAGCCGCGACGGCGAAUCGGUGA